UUCAUAUUUUUCGUUCAUUUCUUUGCAAUAAAAAUUUGUGUUUUGCACCUCAGAUGAUUAAUAAUGAUAUUAUAACUUCUGCUAGUAACUCUGAAGAAUUGUUCGAAAGAAAACUCGUUUCUUUGAAUGUUUGACAGAAAAAACAAUGGAGGCAAAGACAGCUGCAUAUGUGUUAACAGGAGUCGGCUUUGGAGUAUGUCUCGGUUUUUUUCUACGAGGUCGAAUGUUGUCUGUGAGAAAUUUAACACCAAAAACACCAAGUCGUCGAAAAUCUUCAUCAUCUGGUUCGUCUGAUGAAGGCAGUGUAUCUGGUGACGAAGGUUCCGAAAUGAAACUUGUUAUUGUUGUACGACAGGAUUUGAAAAUGGGUAAAGGAAAGAUCGCGGCUCAGUGUUCGCAUGCUGCUGUUUCUGCAUACAAACAAUUAAAUAAAAGGGACAAUGCCAGUCUUCGAAGAUGGGAAUAUUCAGGCCAACCGAAAGUUGUAGUCAAAUGCACUAAUGAAGAAGAACUUUUGGCAUUGUAUCAGCAUGCCAGAGUAAUGAAUCUCACUACCAGUGUCAUUCAAGACGCGGGACGAACACAAAUUAUGCCAGGUUCAAAAACUGUGCUUGGUGUGGGACCUGGCCCUGAAGAAAAAGUAAAUGUUGUCACUGGUCAUUUGAAACUCAUGUAAACUGUGCGACAUGGCUGAAAUGUCUUAGUGAAGUUUUUCAUACCAGGUCCAUGAGGUAAUAUGUAUGUGAAAUGUUACAUACACACUAAAAAUGGUGACCGUACAUUUGAACUCACGUACAUUUGAACCAAUGUGCCCACGGCAUCAAUCUAUAGGCGGGUGCUAAAACCCAUGGGUUAGGGUUAGUAUGGGUUCAAAUAUCUGGAAACAAAAAAAAUUUCCAUAGGUGCAAUUGUCGUGGGUUCAAAUGUAAUGGAACCACUAAAAAUACUUUUCACUCAAUGAGAUCCUUCUUUUAUAACCAUGCUCUUACAAAAAUCACUCAGAUAAACGAAGCUGCAUUUAGAAUUUUCAUUCUCAUAUGUCAUUUUUUUGUGUCUCUUACCUUAUUUUUUAAACCUCAAGUGACUGGGCAUGAGUUCAUUUUUUUUAUUAAACCAGGAAGUAAAAAUAAAUCAAUGCGGUAGGCAAUAGAUUUUUUUCUAAAACUUGCCUGAAGUAUGCGCACCAAGAUGGCGCACAACCUGAACUCAAGUUCUGUACCAGGUAAGGGUUCAGGUUAUGCGACAUCUUGGUGCGCAUACUUCAGGAGUACCUAUUUUCCAAUAUGAAUUUUUAAAAGUUUGUGUAUUGUGUUGUGCUUAAAUGUGGCUAUUGGUAAAUAAUGAUUGAAAAGUUGCAGCUUCUGAGGUUGUUUUGUUGAUGCAUCUUAAACUGAAUUGGCUACACGUAAGUGGGUGCUGGGUCGUGUUGUUAUUAUAUCUAUAAAUCUUUCAUGUCCCCAUAUUUUUGUUUAUUAUUUUUCUGGCAUUUUUAUUUAAAUACAAUUUUAAAAUAAGCAAAUUUUUUUGAUUGGUUGAAUCAUGUUAGAUUGAACAUUUCUAUUAUCUUGAAGUUUUGAGCUGUAGAAGUCGCAGAUUACUUGAAUAUAUGGGGAAAAGACAUUGAAA